CACUCUUUCCUUCCAUCCACAUACUUUGAGAUGCAUGCGCGUGAGAUACAUGUUCGUUUGCCUGCCAUCAUCUCAAAUUGCAAUCAAUAGAUACCCGUCGAGACGGCGCCAAAACGCGCGUCUUUAUCCCGCAUAGUUUCCUGCGCUAUAUAGAAAGGAUGAGAGAUAACUCGAGGGAGAAUCACGACUUUUAUGAUCGGCAUCAAGCAGCUUCCCUUUCUUUAUUAUCUCUUUAUCGCCGUUAGGAUGACGUCGAACUCCGGAAUAACAAGAACUCAUUGUCAGAAUUGUCUACGUCUUCAGAUACAUUUUGGAAAACAUUAUCUGAAAGUUUCAUUCAAAUUGAAGGGAAUAACACACAAACGUGUAAUUGUUUCAUUCGUGCGCGAAUAAAAGUUUCGACGGAGCGGAGCCGGAAAACGGAAGUUACAAGCAGCUUGAAGAGUAUUGAAACUUAUUAGAAACUCGCGCACUAGAGCGUUGUAACUUUAAUCGAUUAAUUAAUGGUUCGAUCGAGCUUUGGAUGCACUAGAUUUGCGUCAUCACAUUAUUCACGAUGAAUAUUCGAGUGAAAAUUAUACAAAAGGUGAAAACUCUAAAACUUUUUUUUGAUGCCCCGGACACCGGAGGACGGAAAAAAGCCUAAAAGCCAAGCAACGUCAUUCGCAUAAUUGAUGACCCUCGUCCGGAUAGCAGCAUUCGAUAUUCCUCGCUCGGCGCCGCCGACGACCUUCAUAAACGUUCCUCGUUAAUAGGCGAGUCAUCGAGUAGGAGGCGGCCGUUCAAGGUCUCGGCGGAGCCAUAUAGUUGCGAACGUUGCCGGGACGGAAGGCGGGCAAGGAUCCUGGAUAAGGAAGAGAGCGAGCGCGCAGCGUCGCGACGCCAGGCGGCCAGAGAGCAGCGACGAUCCCCACCGACGUCGGCGCCGAGCCACCCCCAUCAGUCGGGGCGCCGCCGCGGGGACGCUCCGUACGGUGGAGCGUUUAGCAGUGAUCGCGGCACGUUUCCUGGGAGUGGAUCCACACCCAUGCCUCGCGGUGACGCUCUACGAACGGGUGCUGGAAGCGCGUGAUCGCGAUAAUUUACCCAUCCAUCCAGUGUACGGGGACUACCUUUGUCGGCCUCGUAAUAACGUCCGAACGUAAGAGAGAUCAUUCAUCGCGAUUCACCGCUUCUUCGAUGUGAGGUAGCGGGGUAAAUCCUCGGAAUUCGCCGAGGAUAUGUACGUAGGAUUUGUGUGAUCGUCGCGUCGCGCGGCUUGCGAUGCAAGGAUGUGACGAAUGUCGUCCAGAUGUCCCCCAAAGUGGCGGUAAAGUACGAUAAUUGUAUGAAGGGCGCGCGCGCGUGUGUGUAAAAGACACACAUGAACGAUUAUGUACAUACAUUUCUCUUUUUUUCAUCACAUUGUUAUUUUUCUUCGAUUAAUACGUUUCAUAAGCUCAGCUUUUAAAUCAAAUUGAUUGUCAAAAUGCAUCUACGAUUAACAAAUAAUAUGGAAAUAAUAAUUUAAUAGACAAAUGCAAUUGUAGAAAUUACACGACGGUCGCGUUUAUUUAAUAAAAUCUGUUCUCGCUCGACGAGCCGCAUUUAUACUAGUUCGUAUUAAUAAUGUUCGGGUACCUUUGACAUCAGAGGAACGUGGCGUUGUACGCGGAAGAAUUUUCGCUCGUUGCAUCGCAGCCAUUUACGCUAGGAUGCCCUUUUCCGAGCGUCGUUAUGUAUACAGGGUGCUUUUUGCAAAAUAUCGAGCGCAAAUAAUCCAAGAUAACGUAAACGUUCGAUAAAGCCGGAUUAAUUUUAACGUCUAUGCACGUGUUUGUGUUGUAGCCAAACUUACAUAUAGUUGGGCGAUUGAUUUUACAAUCUAUACAUAAAUUAAUUCGCGGUCCGCGCAAACACGUGCGUGCUGUUAUUUUUUAUUAAACGAUACACGAAUCGUUUAGACUCUUGCAAUGCUUUUUGUCGUGCACAAAAGAUUUUCUCGAUAUAUUAUAUAAACAGAUAAUACUUUUGUAUUAUAUUGCUUGUUCCUUUUUUCUAUUUUAUUGAAAUAGAAAAAAGUGUCUGACAACUUUUCGCCGUAAAAAAUAAUUUAUAUUUUAUUAUAAUUUUGUAUUGAAUUCCGAAUUGAAUAUCGAGACUGCCGACAUUAAUUAUUUUCAAAUAGGCAAUUUAUGUGUCCAUAAAAAGCGCAUAAUAAGCUUUUCAUAUGUAUCCCUAUAAUGAUACAAUAUAUUACGAAGGCACGUGUCUUCUUAUACGAUGUAAUUUUGGCGUAAAAAUGUUUCAAUGGGAGAGGAAUAAUAGACUCGUUACCGUGAUGCCGCAGGAUCACAGGAGGGUGCUCGGGUUUUGUCGAGGAGUGAAAGAGGAGGGUGGCAUACUACGGCGCUGAAAUGACGCAAUUUCGUCUCUGACGUCUGAUAUAAUCGUCCAAUUCGAGGGGAGGUCCGCUCGGUAACACGAUCACGAUGAAUCGGGAAAACGAGGAACAGAGACCGGUCCCCCAGACACUGUGCGGUGCGCUACAAAAAGAGCCCAACUGCAAAUGUCUGGUCCUGACUGUGCUUAUAUACGGCUGUCUCGCGGCAGUGACGUGGUGCCGAUGCGCCAACGUUACCAAGCCCAUGGUCAACUUCAACAGGUAUCCCGUCAAAAGCAUGAAGCACUUAUCAUCGCCCUGCGACGACGGCUACAUAUACAUUCCAGUACGUAUACUAGAAAUGGAAAAUGAAAAAAAGGGCUUUUUCCGCUUUUUUUCUAUAUAUUAUGACACGACCGCGUACGUUGUCUUUUUUUAUCACUCGACGAGAAGUAAUAUCGUCUCCCCUCUUGCUUCAUCCCUUUCUCCUCUCUUUACGCACGCUUGGAUGCAUGAGACGCCGCUCCAUCGGCUCUUUUACCCUUUUUUUCUCUCUUCUCUCCCUUUGUCUCUCUCUCUCUUUUUCUCCCUCUCUCUGUUUGUCGUACAGGUGGCAUUUAUGGGGAUGCUGUACCUGGUUUAUCUGGUGGAAUGCUAUCACUCACCGAUCAGAAUCGAUCUACUGCACGCAGAGAGCCAGGACAGUGUGCUAUCCAAAUUGACGCAGCUAAAGAUGGCACAGCCGAGGAUAUGGUGGAAGGCCGUUUCCUAUCACUACGUGCGCAGGAAACGGCAAAUUACGCGUUACAGGAACGGAGAUAAUUAUACCACGACGCAGGUCUAUUACGAGAGGGUGAACACACACUCGGCCACCUCCCACUACUACUACGACUACUGCGGAGUGAGGGACAUCAGCAAGGAAUUAAUACUCGAGCCGAAGAUACCGAUCACGAAGAUCAUGCUCACCAAGGGCUUCGCGUUUUCCAACAUAAGGUCCGCCACAGAGUUCGAGGAGGCUCGAUCGCGAUUCUUCGCCGAACAAGAACUCAGUGACGAUUAUAUGGAGAUGAGGGAGGGUCUCGAUCUCGGCUACAACGUCAACACAAUGCUGGUUGCCGUCCUUGGUAAUCCCUGGUUCACGAAUCGCUACAUUUACUGGUGUCUGAGCGCCUUGUUGCUUAGCUGGCCACUGAGGGUGAUAAUCGAAUAUAAAACGCAAUAUGCUGAUUAUCAGGUGACCAAGCUCUUCGGCGUCAAUUAUGACACACCGACUUCUGGCGAACCCAUCCACGCGUCCAUGAGCCAGUUGAGCCAGCUUGGUUCCUACAUGCUGGCGCCGAGUUACAGCGAAGCGUUGUUGAUGGAACCAGCAACGCCUCGUAACGACGGACCGGAAGUCAGGAGUCAGGAAAACCCGCAAGCUCAAAGACGGGAAACGAAUGUCGCGACCGACAUGGUACCCAGCUACUCCGAGGCGCUUCUCUACGAGCGUGCCGAGCAGCACGAUCGGCAUACGGCGAUCGUCGCGAAUACCACCGUCGCCGAAAGCGUCCCGAGCGACGUGAACCGUCCUGCAAUCGUUCCGUGCAACGCGAACGACCCGAGUAGGCAGACCCUGUCGCCGAUGCCGUGCGAGUGUCACUGCCCGUGUCCGUGUCACGGGAAUACGAACGAUUACGAGGGAUUCAGGGACGAGCGCAGUUACGUCGAAAUCGCAGCCGGUGGUGACCACCCUCACCAUCCACCUCCACCUCCUGGCGCCCCGUCAACGCACCACGUCGGUAUCGCUGGCGAUACCUUUGAGAGUGAAAUAGCGACGCUACGGACGACAGCUGACGGCCGGCUACAUCCACCUGGGAACGUGGUACCCCGUUCGUUGGACGAUCUCCAGGUCGGAGCGUCUCCGAGCAAGUGCGGCAGCUGCGGCAGAAUCUCCACCAGCACGCAAACGAUCAACGUGGACGUUCCUGUUCCCCGCGUGGUCGCAAGAAACAAAUCGGUCGCGAGCUCGCAGACCUUUACCUCGGCGGCGGACUUUAUUUCCGGUGUAAACAUGCACGAAAGAGAACACGCAGGGACUGCUAUACCCCGCGACAUUUCCGAGCCAAACCUGCGUUCGCGAACGGAACUAGUGCCUCCCGCGUUUCCGAACGGGAACGUCAGGAGUCUGGAGAACAUCUUGGAGAACGAGGAGGCAUCGAUCCUGAAGAGAAGCAGUAGAGGUAGUUUCAAGCUGCCGGAGAGAAAUCUUCCAAAUGAAAGGUCACACGCUCCCGAGCAUCACAGAAGGUUCCCGCCCUCUCUGGCCCAUCACCGGUCUCUCUCCCUCGACGAGGCGAGCGUCUCCCCGAGGAACACCAGCGGCAAUGGCACCAUCCCGAAAAUCGAGUCGCGCAGCAGGAUUAUGGUGAAUCCCAUGUCGAACGAGGCCUGCUGGAAGCUGCCAGACUCGAGGACGUACUUCUGCCUGAAGUCGAUCUUGAAGCAGAACAGACAGAGGUACACCCUAGUGACCGCGGACGAGUUACAGAAUCUCGGUGAUCAGGAGGUCGUUAAUCGAGGUAUCGAGUGCGUCGACAGUUGCAUCGGCAGAAACGAGAAGGGUGAUCAUUCGCGCUCAAGGGAGAGAUUGCAGGCCAGGAGAAGGAUGCCGUCCUUCGAAGAGUUUAUGCCAAGAGACAAAACGUAUCCUUUCUACGAUCAGAAACGAGAAAGCACCAGAACGCUCAUUUUUGCCAGCCCAAUACAAGAGGUCUUCCCUGGUGAUCCCUUCGGCGGCAAGAAUAUCGUGCCAAUCGAGAGUUCCAUGGAUUACACCGGCAGAGAAAAUCCCGCUCGUCUGAGCCGAUCAGCGUCCGUACACCGGGACCCGCGAUGCGCUCCGGACGUCUUCACCGGGGAACGAACGGGACGCGUUCCUGUCGAGCCGUUUCGAGCCGAAAACGUGGUCUAUCCACCUUCGCGCGGCGCACAUCCAUCGCAUCGUCACGAGAGGGAUCUUCGGUAUCUCUUGCACGGCAGAAGCCCGUCGACGUCCUCGAGCAUGGACGCAAGUGCGGAUGUUCGCCUCAGGGUCGACGAGACGCCGCCGCUUCCACCUCCGCGAGCGUAUCGAAACGACCCGCCUUUUCCUCCCUUUGGCAGGAUGCCCUCCGAACGCAUGAACAGAUGGUCGACGAGCUCGAACGAAUACGACGACGCUAGGUCUCACGAUGGACGUCCUCCGGUUGGGUUUUACACACCGGACAGGAGACACCAACUGCCACCACCGCAUCGGCUAAACAGACCCGGGAUGACCAGAUCGUUCAGGGAACGGCGUCCGAAGCUCGUUCAUACCGACAGGAAUUUCCGCCGGAGCUUCACAGGCAGGGUAGAGGAUUACAGAAUGGAGAACGAAUUUAGACGAGCGAAUUUCAGCAUGGAGACCUCGUUGUAACGAGGGUAUUCUCAGGGUUGUCGAAUGCACCGGUCUCGGUUAGACGCGACCGCGAUUAACUCUUGUACUGUACAAAGUGUCAAUUCCACAGUGAUGGUUUUUGCAAAGAGAUUUUUUUUCUUAGCAAAAGCUCAAUAUUUUUUGUCAACUAUUAAUUUUCAAUAUUGUAUACCUUGAUGUUAGUGUACGUGAACGCGAAAAUUUUGCUAAAGUAAGAUUUAUACAAAAUUCAUGAGAGCAUAUUCUCGCGAAACCUAAAGUUUAUACUAUAAAACCAGCUGUACAUCAAAAGUUAAUUAAUUGAUUUUGCAAAAAAAUAAAUAUAAGAAAUGUUUUCAAACCGGACAUCGCUUAACCGAAAUGAUUGGUGCAUUGUUCAUCUCUAGAAGAUUGCAAGUUUUCCUCGUCUGUCUACGAUAUUAUAAGUGGGACUAUAAUCUAGUUAGAAAACAGCGAGUCCGCCGACUGUGGGGAUUUUAACUAAUCCAGAUACUCCGGUCGGUACGACUCAGCCUUAAAAUUGUUACUCCUUCGUUCUACGCUAUACUUGUAUUGUAAGUAUCCGUCCUACUACUUUCGAGUUAAAACCAGUUAAUACGCAAACGGGUCGUGCGGUUUUUUCAAGAGACAAUUCCAAUUGCGGGCUAUUGCCCUUCGCGCCUUCGCUUAAAAACGACACUCGCAAGAGGACCACGACAUUUAGAAAUGAUUCGCGGAUCUCGGACAAAGAAGGAGGAUGUCCGCGCGUGUUUUGCAUCUAAUUAAUCGCAAGGUUAAUCGAACGAUCGCAUUUAUUAAGCGUCGAAUGCGCACCGCGAAACGUAGAAGCUUCAGAAUAGACGAACACUAAAGCUAAAGCGAAGCGAACGCGCCUUUGGAAGCGAGUCCAAGUACAAUUAAUUUUUCGGGACGAUGUGCCUCGCUAAAAUUUAGCCAAGCCAAUUCGAAAGUUAACGCGCAAUUUACUAUUUAGGCGUAUAUAAAACGCUGUCAUACAAAACGUCGAGUCAAUUACGUAUGCAGGCUAUCGCGAGUUGCGGCCAAGUGCAACGAUUCUUUAGAUUGUCGUUUAGCAUACGUUUUUAGUGUGGAUCCGACCCGCUUAAGUUUCGUCAUAUAUAUUAAUACGUAUCGGCGCAAGACCAUUUUCGUACAUUCCGAUCGAAUCCGGCCGAUUUAUUUACAUAUUAAGUAUAUAUUAAUAUAUUCCACGUGUGUGGCUAGUGCAUAUAAAUCUAAAAGAUUUGAUAAAGCUUCAUAUUCGGUAAAAUAGAUUUUUAAAAUGUCCUUAUUUUUCCAUUAACGUUAAUUAUAAUCAUCUGUCUCCGAGCUGUUUAUAUUUGCCUACGUAAAAUGGGCAGAGAACUUGCGAUCUUAAAUGUUGAUAAAAAGGAAGAUACAUAUAUAUAUGCAUCAGAUGCAUAUAUAAUGAUGUAAGCAUCCACAUUUCCGAUCUCCUUUCAAGUCUUCAUCAUAUAUUCGUUCGAACAUUUUAGACAUGAAUGACGAAUCGAACGAAAAUAUUUUACUUGUUACUAGUUGUUAUGUAAAUUGUAACCGAGUCCGCGUAAACAUACAUGCAAGAAAAUGGAUGAAAUAGUGGGGAUUUUCAAAGAUUUCGUUCCAUGAAUCAAAAGUUAUUCUCUUUUUGAUAAGAACUAAAAAGAGGUAGAAAAAAUCAAAAUCUUUUUCUUCCAAUUGUUUAUUUAAUAAAAAGAGAAAUAUAAAGAAAUGAUGGAGAAAAAAACCAGUAUUUUUCACGAAGUAGAACAAAUUUUCGAAAAUUUGAUAUCCGAGUCAAUUUUUCAUGGAACACAUUCCUGUUAAUCCCUCCUGAGUUACCUAUUUUCUUCGCGGUUGUUCGUUAUAAAAACGAAUAAACUAUUUUACGUGCACAUUCAUCGAGCGAUGUACCGAGUUAUGUAUUUCCUAAGGACAGGCGGAAGUGUAAAUUUGUCGUUAAGCGAUAUAGCUCAAUUAUAUAUACUACACUGCACGCGAUAAUUAUUAUGAUUAUGAUUAUUAUUAUUAUAUUAGGUGCAAGUGCGCGUUUAUGUCCGCACGGCAUCUAACGACCACAGUCGCUGAGUUUUUGAUGAAUGUUCCACUUUCGAUCAUACGCACAGACACAUACGCACGCACACACACGCAUUUACCGAUAUAUGCCUUCGUCGUAUAUUUAUAUACUUUAGAUCCGUAAUUCUAAGGCUAAAAAAAGACAAGCAGUAUCGCGCGCGCGCGCACACGAUAGAAAUUAAUGCGAAUCUAGGGCUUAAGGUGAUGUGAACUAAGUCGCUAUCGAGGCUGCUUCGUAAAUAUGCAGUUGUGUCUUGCGCAUACCUUCUUUUACUCAUUAUUAAUUCCUGGAUCAAUUUGAGGAAAAGCCGAGUAGACACCUUGUAUAGACAUUACGUCCGCGUUAGGGACUUCAAUGAUACGUCGUCAAUGAUAUGUGAUAAUUUAAUCGUUUCAGUCCGACGUAUAUUAAAUAUAGGAACGCGAAUAAUCGUAAUGCGAAUUAAAAUGAAUUAAUUGAUGGAGUCUCGUCGAAAACAUUCAAAGAUUAUCUAUAAAAAUCUAUUAUAUUUCAAAGUUGUUCCUCUGUAAAAAAAUUAAAUCAUUUAUACGAUGCUUCUCGCGACUGAAACGAAAAAGAAAAGCUCAUUCGAUAGCUGAGACCACUCUCAAAAAUCUCAGGGCGACGAGAUCGACGAAGCUAUAGCGUUUAGUUUUGUGCGCGGUGACAAAAAAAAAGAGAUCGUGAUUUUUAUUAUAAUAAUAACGCAAAGAUCGAAAAAAAUGAGACGGACGAGCUUUCGGAUAAGACGAAACCUUCGCAGCAGUGGCAAAGUAUAUAAGCUUUUCUGCGUCAUUUAAAAUAAGAAAACAAUAUCGUUGUUGGAAAUUACGUAGAUAAAAUAUAGAUAGUUUGGACGUUCCGGGAUUUGUCAACUGCCAUACCGUGGUGCGACCUAGUAUUAAUUUAAUUAAUUGCGUACAUCAUACACACGCGAGCGAAUCGUUUCUAAAUUUCAAACGCAAUGCUCAGUCGAAAAAAAAUCAAUUCGCGAAAAAAAUGUAUCGUACGGAGGCGAAAGAACGGAUAAAUGAAAGAAUGUCGCACAAUAGCUUUCUUACUACGAGAAUAUUUGUACAACGAAGCCGUAUUUUUUUAGCGAAGGAAAAACACGCAUACUUCACGCUUAGGGUGGAGCUCGGACUCGUGGGAGUUUGUGCUCGUUAAGUUAAAGGCUGUUGCAAAUAUAUAUGUAAUAUAUAGGAUGCUUCAGGAGGAAUGGUCAGCAUUCUAGGACCUGAUUGUACACAUCAUUUUAAGCAAAAAAGUUUAUAUAAACAUGUCCUAACAUGUCUGAACGAUUAUAAAGAUACAAAACGUAUUCAGUUUUAAGGACGAAUAUAUUAACUUAUUAGAACCAAGUUCUAUGAAACAAUUACAUGAAAUUUUAAGUUUAUAAUACAUUUGAGUACAAUUGUAUCAUAGAAUGCUGUUCUUUUUGAAACACUGUGUGUGUAUGUAUAUAUAUAUAUAUAUAUACAUAUAUAUAUAUAUAUAUAUAUACAUACACACAUAUAUAUAUAUAUAUAUAUAAAACUGUCACGCCACGAGUCGACUCUGGUAACUCCGUCGUUUAAUCGGCGCUUAAUAUUUAAUCUCUUGCGGACAAUCUACGUGUGUACUUUAGGGCGCGUAUAAUAAUAUAAUCAAUUUCGCUCUGUCUCCGCUCCUUUCCCGAACAAAUUAACGAUACAAAACUCAUGCCGUCUCAAAAAUAAAGUGCUCUUCUAAUUAAACGUCGUUAUAGAUCGAAGCUAAACGCGUGAUAAAAUGGGAGUACGAUAAGAGCGGAAUCAAGCACGCAUACCCGUUAGUAUAAGUUAUUUGUAGUUGGAUGUUGCAGGAUACAAUUAUUAUUAUUAUUAUUAUUAUUAUUAUUAUUAUUAUUAUCAUUAAUAUCGUGAGUAAUAUAAAUCGUACGAUUUUGCUGUAAAAACAAUAUGGCUACGUAGAAUAAUAAACGUUACAAAAAAAAGAGAGAGAGGAAUGAACUUUGUCGUUGAGAAUCGUGAAUGAAACAAGAAAUGCGCACUGAAUCUGUUGCUGUAUUUCUCCUUAAAGAAAAAUAAGAUAAUUUUAAUAAAAGCUACAUAUGACAUAGUGAACACUAA